AUGGGCGGCGCCCACGAGGUCAACAUCGUCGGGAACUAUGGGCAGAUUUGGCACGCGAAGCCCGACAUCGGCGCAGACGGCCACGUUAGUGUGCUCAGCAACAGGUCGUGGCCGAAGGCCUCCGCGGGCCCGCCCGUGGACACGUCCACGUUCUGCGGCGUCGCCAUGAGCCCCCGCGGCGACAUGAUCGCCACGGCCGACACCCGGGGUCAGAUCUACCUCCUGCGCGUGCCACGCAACCGCUACGCGCUGAUUGCGCGGACGGGCGUGGAGCCGACGGCGAUCGCGUUCUCGCGGCGCAACAAGCGCGAGAUCUACGUGGCGUUCUCGGACAGCAACGUGCGCUGCUACGACGUCGAGGAGGGCCAGCUGCUGGCUACGCUCAAGGGCCACCGGUCGCCGCCGAAGAACAUGACGAUGCGCGCGACGGCCGACGAGCUGCUCACGGUGUCCGCGGACGGCCUCAUCGUGUGGGACAUGCGCAACCUCACGCGCAAGAAGACGCUCUCGGCAGGCGGCGUGGCGGUGCUCCAGGGCGCCUUCACGGAGGACGGGACGCACAUCGCGGCGGCGUUCCGCGACGACUCGGUGUGGAUCUGGGACGCCGACACGUUCCGCGUGCGGCACCGCAUCGCGAUCACGCACCCGGGCGACGCGGCCCGCGCGAGCUCCCAGGUGACGUGCUUUGCGCUGAGCCCCAACUCCGAGUGCGUCGCCAUCGGCACGUGCCACCAGCAAAUCCACGUCUACUCCCUCAUCACGGGCGUCCUCGCCGGCACGCUCGCCCUCCCGGAGCCCGCGGCCGCGCGCGGCGUCGUGCAGAUGCGCUUCAUGCCCGACGACGCCACCGUGGCGUGCCUGACCGCGACGGGCGCGCUGCUCUUCGCCGACACCGCCGCGGGCCGCCUCACGUGCUCGGUCGUGCCCCCGCGCGGCCUCGACGCCCGCAAGUGCGACCUGUUCGACUGCGACGGCCGCGGGAACUACGCGGCGAUGCUGUCGCGCGACGGCGCGGUGCACCUGUUCGACCUGGCGCGGGUGCGCGAGGCGCAGGCCGGGGCCGAGAAGCCGCUCGCGCGGUCGGCGGUGCUCGCGGACGCGACGAACGCGGGGGCGCCGGCGGCGGCGGACUCCGGCGCGGACGUGGACGCCGCGGCGGUGCAGCGCGGGAGCACGGUGCGCGGGCACGUGCCUGGCGGGGCGCCGCCGCCGCCGCGCGGGCUGUGGGACCAGGCGUUCCCCGCGCGCGCGGACGUCCAGAAGUGGGCCGACACGUCCGCGAAGGACCGCGUGCGCGCCGCGCCGGCGGGCCUCGUGCCGGGCAUGACGGGCGGCGGCGCGGCGCGCGCGGGCGGGCGGGAGCCCAAGCGCGCGGGCGUGGCGUCGGACCCCGCGGCGCCGCAGCUGUCGCGCCGGCGCCUGCGCGAGCUCCUGGACGCGUUCGGGGAGUACCCGGAGAAGUAUCGCCCGCUGUGCUGGCGCAGCCUGCUCAAGCUGCCGUCCAACCGCGAGGCGUUCCGGGCGCUCGCGACGGCGGGGAUCCACCCGGCGUUCAACGACCUCGGCGAGCGGUACCCGCUGCGCGACCGCACGCUGCUCUCGCGGCUCGCGCGGACCCUGUCGGCGAUGGCGCACUGGUGCCCCAUGUUUGGGGAGGUGGCCUACAUGCCGGCGCUGGCGUUCCCGCUCGUGCGCGCGUUCGGGAAGGACGAGCUGCACUGCUUCGAGGCGCUGGCCACGCUCGUGCGCAACUGGUCCGCCGGGUGGUUCGCGACCUUCCCCGCGCCGCCUGUGGCGCUGCUCACGCGGCUGGACCCCGUCCUGGCGCACCACGACCCGGAGCUGUUCGCGGCGUUCCAGGGCGCGCUCGGGGGCUGCCAGGCGCCCGCGUGGGCGCUGAUGUCGACGCUGCUCUCCGAGGUCCUGUCGCGCGCCGAGUGGAUGAAGGUCUUCGACCACAUGGUCUCCAACCCCCCGAGCUUCCUGGCGUACGCCGUGCUGGCCUACAUGGCGCACUUCCGCGGCGCGAUCAUGGCGGCGGACAGCGGCGAGGAGGUCGACGUCUUCGUGCGGCGCUGCAACGCCCUCGACGUGAACAAGCUGAUCCAGCUGGCCUACCGCAUGCGCGACACCACGCCCGACGCCAUCAAGCUCGAGGACGGCGCCUUCCUCGCGCUCCCGCCGGGCGACACGUACCCGCCGUUCACGGGGUACCCCAAGUCCGCGGUCGACCUGCACCUGGCCGAGCGCGAGCGCAUCCGCGCGGAGGAGGAGGCGAUCGCGCGCCGCCGCCGCGUCGUCCACGAGCUGGAGGAGCGCACGCGCGCCAUGCAGGCGCAGGAGGCCUCCUGGGCGGCGGAGAAGCGCCGCGUCGCCGAGGUCGAGGCCGAGCGCCGCGCGGCGCUCCGGCGCGUCGAGGAGGAGGCCGCGAUCGAGCGCCUCGGCCUCGACGACCGCGCGAAGGAGGAGCGGCUGAAGCAGGUGGCACUGGUAGAGGCGCAGUACCGCGCCAACCUCGCGCAGCUCAAGGAGGAGUGGACGCGGGAGCUGGAGGCGCUCCGGCGCGACGUGGAGCACAAGCGGAAGCUCGCGGACCUGGACCUGCGCGGGCGCGCGGAGGAGGAGAAGCUGCGCGCGGUGGAGUUCGCCGCGCAGCAGCGCAUGUGGGCGCUCGACGAGGAGGCGGCGCGGGAGGCGGCGCAGCGGCGCGUGCGCGCGGGCGUGGAGGCGACGCGCGUCGCGGACGCCGGCGCGGCGGCGGAGCGGGAGCGGGAGUGGGCGGCCGAGGAGGAGGCGGCUGCGCUGCAGAAGCGGGCCAUGGCGGAGAAGGCCGCGAAGGAGGCGGCGGUGCAGGCGGAGCUGGCGGCGGCGGCGGAGGCGGCGCAGAUGGCGGCGGGGAGCGCGAUCGAGGGGGCGGCGGCGGACGCGGAGCUGGAGCGGCGGCGGCGGCUGCGGCGGAUGGCGGAGGCGGCGGCGGUGGAGCAGGCGCGCGCGGCGGACGCGGAGCGCGCGCGGAAGGGCGCGCUGAUGAAGCAGGACGAGGACCACGUGCGCGCGCGCGUCGAGGAGAUGAGGCGGGCCGCGGAGGAGGCCGGGCGGCGCCGCGCGGACGCGCUCGCCGCCGCCACCGAGGCGCGGCAGCGCGAGGCCGCGGGGCUGCGCGACCGCGCCGACGCCGUCGAGCGCGCGAUGCGCCGCCGCGAGAACGACGCGCAGGUCGACGAGCGCCAGCGCCAGCUCGCCAAGGAGGGCGCCCGCGAGGAGGCGGCCCUCCGCGCGCUGCUGGCGGAGAUCGCUGCUGAGCGAGCGCGCGACGCGGAGGCGGAGCGCGAGCUGGACGCGCGCGAGGCCGUGCUCGCGGAGCGCCUCGCGCACGCGCGGCGCGUCGGCGAGGAGGAGGGCAGGGCGGAGGACGACGAGCGCGCGCGGUUCCAGGCCCUGCGCGAGGAGCUGCUGGACCGGCAGGCGCGGGCGAACGGCGAGGCGACGCGGCAGCACGAGGAGGUGAUGGCGCGGCUGCAGCUGGAGCGCGAGAAGCAGCUGCUGGAGCUCGACACGCAGUGGCGGCGGCGCGUGGCGCGGGAGGAGAUGCUGCGUCUGGAGCAGGAGCAGCGCAAGGUGGACGACGAGGCGGCGCGGGGGCGCGCGGAGGCGGAGCGGCGGGAGCGGGAGCUCGCGAAGGAGGUGGGGGAGCUGCGGCGGCGCGCGGAGCGGAUGGAGAAGGAGGCGGCGCGGGCGGGGGUCGACGUGGGGCGCGCGGCGAAGCGGGGCGUGGAGGAGUGCCGCGGGGCGUCCGGGGAGGGGUCGAGCCUGCACAGCGAGUCGAGCUUCGUGUCGGAGGACGCCGGGACGAGCCCGGAGUCCGGGAACGGCAGCCUGAGCGGCACGAGCUGCAGCGCGACGACGAGCGCGACCACGUCGCCGGGCGGGGGGAGUUCGGGCAUCGGGCCGGGCCUGAGCGGCGUACCGGGGGACACGCCGUCCGGCCCGUCCGUGGGGACAGGUCUGGCGUCGUCGUCGCAGCGGUCGCGCGACGCGUGCAGCUGCGACGACCUCGUCGCGGCCAUCAGGGUUGCCCCCGCCCUCGCCAACACCCCCUCGUCCGGGCUCAGCUCCGGUCCGUCCCUGACGCGCGACUCCGGCUCCCCCGUGCCCAACCGCGACUACUCCCGCACGCCGUCGGGCUUCUCCGUGAGCCUCAGCGGCGCGAGCACGGGCGCCCGCCGCCCCCGCGGGCCCGCCACGCUGUCGCAGGCGGUCGCCGCGGCGGAGCGCGCGUUCACGUCGCCGUCCGAGGAGCACCCGCCGCACUCGAGCCAGUUCAGCGGCCUCAGCGCGUCGGGGUCCGGGUCCGCGGCCGGAGGCGACGAGGAGGGCCCGCUGUCGCCGCCCGGCAGCGAGCGCACACCGAGCUUCGGCAGCGACGACCGCGCGCGUGAGGCGUACGCGUCGUUCGAGCAGAGCGCGCGGCGGGGCGGCGCGGGCGCGGGGCUGGACGAGUCGAUGGGCGCGCCGUCGGGCGAGGACGCGGAGGACGACGACGAGGCGGCGACGAUGCGGUCGCUCUGCGGGACGGAGGCGGCCGUGCGGUCGAUCUACUCGAUCACGGACAUGGCCGAGGGCCAGCGUCUCCCCGGGGAGGACUCGGACCCCCCGACGCCGCGCGCGAGCCACGAGGGCCCGAUGACGCGCACCGACGCUGCGGCGGGCGCCGCGGUGGGCCCCCUGGACCCGUCCCUGGCGUCGAUCCUGCGGGAGAUGGCGUCGAUCGAGUCGCGGCUGGACGCGCAGCUGGAGCGCUCGCAGGGGCAGUCGCGGCCGUCGGAGGGGUCCUCGUGA